AUGACCAUCGACAGACCAGGAGGUGCGGCAGCAGUCGCCAUAAAGACGAAGGCGCCGGCAGAGAUGCCAACAGCCCCUCUACGCCUGCACCCUGAGCUCUGGGCCGUAGUAUUUUCGUAUCUCUAUAACGACCCUUCCCUUCCUCCUCGGCCUGCAAAGAUCUGGGAGACACCAAUUCCUCAGCCUCAUCUGGCAAGUGUUAUGAGACUAUUCAACAAUAUCGCCUCUCCCUACCUCUACUCCUCCAUUCGCACGAGCCACCUCUCUUCCCUCUCAUACGGCCUCGAUAUCUCUCCCGUCCCCGGCACUCCCUCCAAGCGGAGUCUUCUUGGCUAUACGCAACGCCUAUACACUCAAUAUGUCAACAAAAAUGAGCCCGCGUACCUCGACCUGCUCAAAUACGGCGGCGCCUAUUUCUACCUCGUCCAAGCUACGCGCCAGGACAUCACCACAUUCGCGGCGCAUGAGCGGGGCUGGAUGAUGGAGAGCCUGAGAGAUUUGUGGGUAUCAGGCGCGCUGAAGAGAGUGGCCAGUCUCUCGACGGGUCCCUACGCCGCGGAGCAUGGGGAGCGCCAUAAGCUCCUCACUGACCGUUUGGCGCAAUCUGAUCACGCGGCGGACCGGAACUACCUCGCCCCUAUCGUCGCCACGUUGGUCGGGUGCCAGUACCUUGAUAGCGGCCCGGAGAUCACGCAGAUUCUCCCUCAAGGGCUUCAGUUUCGGGCCCACAUCGCCUAUGCCAGCGUCAGGGUACCGGUCACUCUCGGCGGCCACUCUCGGUGGUAUUAUUGCGUCCGUCCCAAAGCAUACAUUACCACACUGGAAGGGGUACUCCGGAGCCUUCUCAUCACCGUUGUGUCACACGCGUUGGAACGGAUCACCGCGUGGAAACAGCUUCAACAAAGCACCGCCUCACUAGAUCCUCCCCUCCACGUCGACGUCUACAUUCCGGGUCCUGGCGGAGAGGAACGGGCGGUAGAGGUUCUCAGGACGGUCGUUACAACCGAGAUUAGGGGGAUGUACAAGGCACUGGGGAUUCCGCCAACACGUCACGCAAAGGAUAUCUGGAAUUUCUAUGGCUUGUGGGAGGCACCGGACUGUGAGGCGUGCGGGUGGAAGCGGGCAUCUUCCAACACGGCGGUAGAGGCUGAAUCGAGCAGAGCCGUCGCAGACACCGCCUGCCACGACAGGGUAUAUUCUCGAGGUCCGCACAAUCGUCAGAGAUACGUUCCGGGAUCUUUUGCCCCUGGCGCGCAAGUUGAUUCUGGGACAGCAAUGAAUGGUAGGACGAGGUGUAGAUACCAUCAGGCCGGGUCGGUCCUGGGGGCUAUGCAUAAUGGCAAAAAGGGGUGCUUCCCGGUCCCGCCCCCGGCGCCGAGUACCGGCUGCAACACAUUCCUCGAUCAUGCCAUCAAUCCGGGGCUCAUCGAUCCCGAUCCCGACCUAGUCACAGGAUGGCUCACUACCAGGAAGUCGCCUCAGGCGCAAAAGACACGAAAGGACACGAAAGGACACCCCACGCGCGAGAUUCGCUCCACCGAAACCUUAUCAGCUGCUAGUGGUGCCCAUGCGGAAAGUCACCUGAGCUCUGCACGACUCCCGACUAGUCAUCUUCUGUCAUCUCUUUCCUCAAUCAUCCUCAACCAAGUCUCAGCACAUAGGCCUCAAUUCAACAUGUCAAUCCGAACCAUCAACGGGCAAGCUGGCGGCACAAUCAAAGCCGCGACGGUUCCUUGUGCUUCUUCCGGCUGGCCCGGUAUUACAUUCGAGCAGAGUAACGUGCGGAUGAACGAAACUGUUCAACUCACUUUUCCUGGCGUACCUCCCUUCACCUUGACCCAGAAUAUUUGUGACAACAAAAGCAGGUGCUGGUGUGGCUUGGUCUCGGUAAACCUCACGGGCAGCGCCUACAACUGGACUGUGGCCCCCUUCAAGAAUGAGGUGAAUACGACGGAUCAGCCGAGCACAUUGUUUGUCGACGGAACGACUUCACUGUAA